ACAUGGGCAUGACGUCACCGAAGGUCCUUCAGCUGACUAGGUAAUAACAUCUCCGGGCGCUGCUGGGUUAUGGAGUGUAUGGGCUCCCCAGAGGUCCAGGUCACGUGAAGAGGACCUGCUCAACGCCCCCACCCCAAGGAGUCCUCAGCCGGGCACCUGCAGAGCAGUGUGUGGGGGAGGUCCAAGAGGAUACAGGAGACGUCCAGUAAAUGGAGCCUCAUCUCUAGGACCCAUGUCAGGCUCUAGCCCCCAUCCCUGGAGUCAUGUAAGACCAAGCAGGAAGGCUACUGCCAGAGAAGAUGCUUAAGAGCCAGCAGUACAGGAAUCUCAAGAAAGCCCCAAGAAGGAGGCCAUAUUGCUGCGAUGCUUGCCCCAAGCAAUUUGAAACUCCUUCUAAACUGGCAAGACAUUACCUGACCCAUACCGGCCAGAAGCCCUUUCCAUGCCCGGACUGCAGUAAGACGUUCCGCCAGUUAGUGCACCUAGAACGGCACAUGGUGACCCACAUGCUCCCUUUCCAAUGCAAUAUCUGUCUCCGCCACUUUAAAAAUUCAGAGACGUUUCUCAGGCACCAGCAGCUGCAUCAUUCGGGCCCCGUAAAGGAAGUGAGGUUGUCCAAGAGACCUUCCAGGCCUGUUCAGAAGAGCUCCUUCUCUGCACCGCUCUAUUGCUUUGGUUGCCAGAAAACAUUUGCAAGCGAAGAAAAGCGUUUGCUUCAUCACUGUGAUCUUAUGAACGUCACCAUGGUUAAAAGAAGCCAACCGCGGCGAUGCGAGUUCUGUUAUAAGAUGUUUCCUUCUCGCUCCAAGCUGGAGAGGCACUUAAUGAUCCACACAGGCCAGAAACCAUUCACCUGUGCGCUUUGUGGGAAAGCCUUUAGACAGAAAACGCACCUGAAAAUCCAUCAGCUCACUCACUCUCAUGAGAAACCCUACCAGUGCAAUCAAUGUGGGAAGUCCUUCAAGAUACCAGAGAAGCUUCUCAAACACCAAGAGAUGCACACAAACCCCUCAUUUGUCCACAGCCAGGAGAAGGGUCCCAGAACCGAACCUUUGGAAGUGAAGCAGGAGGAAGACGAGGGCCUCUGCAUAUUUCUUAUUCCUUUCCAGUGUUCCUCUUGUGGACAGCACUUUGAGGACAAGGACAUUCUGGACAGCCAUGAAUGUUUCAUAAAAACAGUUGUUCCUGAAAGUGUGAAUUCAGCCAGAAGACCUUCUAGUAGAGGAUUUGUCAAGAAAACGAACCUUCGUGAAUAUUACAUGGAUGGAGAUGUUCAUCCAAAUGUUUCAUAUCAAGCUGGGAGAUUGUUGGAAGCAGAGCGCCUGGAGGAAUCCGAUCAUGUGGGCACCAGUGAAACAGAAACUCCACAGCUUGGUGUCCCUAAGGAACUGUUUAGGAAAGGGAAACCACGGGGGAAAAGUUUUAGGCAUUGUCAGGGAGACAUGGAAAUAUAUUUUCAACACCAACCGCUUAGGAUGAACUUCCCCGAAGUGCUGGAAAACCAGAAUGGUGAAACCAUUUGCACUACAUUUCAUACUUAUGACCAAGGUCAACAUGGACAGGAGAGUCACUCGCUUCACCAAUUUCUUCAAGGAGCACAGGGCAUCUUGCUUCAAAGACACAAAAUGGCUAAAUGUGACCAGUGCAAUAAGACGUUCCCUUCCAAGUCUAAGUUACGCAGACAUUACCUCAUCCACACGGGGCAAAAGCCUUUCACGUGCACUGAAUGCGGGAAGACAUUUCGCCAGUCUUCUCACUUAAAACGCCACCUAGUAACUCAUGUCCAAAAAGUUCCUGUGCUCAGAUCACUGGAGGGGCUGGAAGAGCGUUAUUCCACGUUUUGUCAGCAGCAGGCCGCUAGUUUUCCCUUGUCCCAGAAUUGUUACGACUCUACGGUAAACACUGAAGAACUUGAUCAAGUAACAUCUUUUGUGGUUUCCGAUAUAAAAGUAGAAAGCGAAUCCAUGGAGUUGUCUUCUGGGGGUCAAACACGAGGAAUGCGUAAGCAGGCAAGGAUCAGUGUAUCUAAGAAGCGCAGUGCAAAAUCCCAUCAGGACCCUCCCCUGAAGAAAGCGAGGACUCGCGCUGUCCCGAAGAACUACAAGUGCAGCGUGUGCACCAAAACCUUCCUUUCCCCUUCCAAACUUGAGCGUCACUAUCUAAUGCAUGCUGGUCAAAAACCCUUUGAGUGUACGGAGUGUGGUAAAUCUUUCCGUCAGGAUCCUCACCUGAAACGGCACAUGCUGACUCAUAUUCGAAUGAAGAAGUAAACUGAAGAUGGUGGCAUCUCUCGGAGGACAUGUCCUUAUGUAGAGGGCUGUUGUUUUUUUUUUGACAAUAAC